UUGUUAUUCAUGCUGGGAACCGAAUCGCUUCAACAAGAUGGCUCUGUUGUAAUAGGGCGAAAAAUUUUGCAAAAUAUACAAACAGUAAUUGUGUGACAAAGAUCUUCAUGGUAGCUACUUUAAAUAAGCAAUUACGAAUUGGUGUCAACUUGAGGAACAUAAAAAUACACAAGUGUACAGUUGAGACUUGGUUGGGAAACAAAGGAUAGGAGAACUAGUGCAAGGAGGGCAGCGAAAAAGAACAGACUAUCAAAAGGGAUAUAAGAAACUAUUCCGAUCUCCAUGUGUGUAGCUUAAAUGUAUCUAGUUUAAUAUAUCCCUUAACUACAGACAUUGGAUUCUUUCAUACAUUCUACUUUAAUGAAUAAAGUAUAAAAUUAGGAUGACUGCCAGAAUACUAAAAGACCCUGCUACAGCAUCAAGACGUAUUUUUGUGGGUCAUUUACAAACUGAUGAUGUCACAAAAUUGGAAUUAGAAGACCAUUUCUCUAAAUAUGGUACUGUCAUAGGAUCCUCGAUAAACAGAGGCUUUGGAUUUGUACAGUUUCAAGAUGAACAAUCUGCUCAAAAAGCUAUUAAAAAUGAAGAUGGAGCAAUGUUUAAAGGCAGACGUAUAGAUGUCAGACCAGCAAAGAAAGAUAAUCAGUCUGGAAAUUCUGGAAAUAAUGCAAAGCAAAUGGGUGGGCCAAACAAUCAAUUCAAUCCUAUGAACAAACAAUUCAAAAAUACAAAUGAACCUUUUGAUGCAAACAAAUCAAAUUUCACUGGAGGCAAUACAAAUUUUAACAUAAAUCAGGGUUUUGAAAAUGAUAAUAAAUUUGGUAACAACAAGAAAGAGUUAAACCCUGAAAAUAGGAGUGGUGAAAAUGCUCACUUUGAAGAUGGAAAUCAGACUAGAGAUGGUGACAAAGACCAGUUUAAUGGAAAACACAAUAAUAACAGUGGAAAUGAUCAUUUCAAUAAUCUAGCACAAAAUCGAGGAAACAAUCAAUUUAAUUUAGGUAAUCCGAAUCGCGGGGCUGAUCAAUUUGGUAAUCAAAACAGAGGAAUUAACAACCAGUUUGGAAACAGUCAGAUGGGAAAUCAGAACAGACCUGGGGGAAAUCAAAAUCGAAAUCAGAAUAAUCAAGGAAAUAACCAAAAUGUUAAUACAUGUGGUACUGGAGGCACUUUUAAAGCACGAGGCACGAGGGGUGGAAAGAAGAAUAAAAAUAAUCUUCACAAUAACGCGAACGCGAACGCGAAUUUCAGAGAUAGGAGUCCAAUUAAUAGGAACAAUCGAAUAGAUGACAAGACUCCAAGAGACUGGGAUCUUAAGCAGGGAGAUAGACACGGUAAUAAUUUCGGUAGAGACUCGUUCAACGAUAACGGGAAUCGUUAUGAUGAUUUUAAAACCUCAGGAACCAGAGAUACGAAUACCAGUUUCGGAAGCGGGAGCGCAUCGUCUGAUUAUCUUGUGGCUGGAAAGAAUGACUGUGAAAUUAUUGUUGUCAGUAAGACAUUAACAGAAUAUGCGGAGGCUAUUGAGUCGCGGUUGAAGAAGAUCGGUUUAACGGUAGAUUUGUUGUUCCCAAAUGAAGAUGUUUUCUUGAGCCUCGUUUUGGGAAACCUCGCGAGCCGCGGUUGUCUAUACGCUGUGGUAGUUACACCCAUCAAUCAAGAGCACCAUUCCUUGACGCUGAAUAUUUUGCACGGCUUGCCACAAGAACAUAGGAACAUGCCGCUUGAUGAUGCAAUAAGCUUGAUCUCGAGAGAUUUCGCAAAUUAUAAGGCCGGUGGACGUUCAGUGCCGUUGAACACACCUUUGGCGAGCGAACGUCAUCCGGACGCUAUAAAACUUCUUCUGAACAUGCUAGCUGAUAAUCAUCAGCUGACAGUUCUGCAGUAUGAUCGUGUCAUAAAGUAUCUCGAUAUGAAACGUGAGGAACAAGUGCAAGUGGAAUUAGGUGAUGCAAAGGAUUUGCCGGUUACAACGACACUCGCGGUCAACGAUCCGAAACAGGCGGAAUUGCAGACAAGAAUAUUAAACAUCUUGAACAGCAGUAAAACCAACACAUCAGCGACUGAUCCUACUCCGGUACCAGCACCAACUUCGGUACCGACUCCGGUGCCUCCAGCUAACUGGGGAACAGCAGCAUCGAUCACUGCCACUACGUCAUCCACAACUACCACUACCACUGGAGUUUCACCGUCGCCUCUUCUAAAUGAUCCAACAGUUCAGAAAGCUCUUGACAGUCUGUUGCAAGGAAAUCUGUUGAAAAACAUCGGUGAUCAGCAACCAUCCACGACCACAGCACCGUUGUUCGCAGCUUUCUCCAACAUCGGCAGAUUUUAAUUGCACUGCAUAUUUUAUUGCAUCGGAAACUUUUUAAUCCUUAGAGUACUUUAUAUCUUUCUGAUUUUAUUUGGCAUUAAGAAUACAAUUAUGAAAAACUUGUUGUCGACAAGAAAAAAUUUCAAGGUAGUAUAUAUAAUACAAGGUAUAUAUAAUAAAUAAUAUUUUAGUACGUUGUAUAUUGCUCGUGUAAAAUGAUAAAUUUAAAACAAACAAUAUCCAUGGUUACUUCAUAAAACACGGCAAUUGUAAUUCAUAUGAUUAAUGUUACUAUUUGCAUCAUCAAUAGUAUAUUUCUCCCUGCAUAGAAACAAUUCUAUAUUUAAACAACUUAAUGUGUUUUAAUAAACAUUGCACACUAUUUAUUAGAGAUACAUCAUAUAAACACAGCAUAGUUGUUUUUUGUGAAUGAAUUUAUGCAAUUAUAUACACGUAUGUGUAUACCUAUGUGAAAAUAUUUUUGUUCACAGAAGCAAAAGCUUGUCUGCUUAUUUCUCACAGUACAUUUUUAUGUAAAAAUCAGUUUUUAUACAGUUUAGAGUAAUAAGUGUUAGAUAUAAUAUUACAUACACAAUAUAAUUAAGGACAUGCUCUUUUAUUGUAUCGAAGCUAUAUACUUUAAUCGUCGUGUUCUUAUGCAAAAUAUUCUGAUAUCCUCCUACCACCUUAAAUGUAAUUGUUUUCAUCAUAAUAUUAAAGAAACUAUAUGAUAUUA